AGAUUUUUGAUCAUGAUGAACUAUCACUGUGCAGAAGCCUUUUCACAACUAUUACUGUGCAUCGUCUCGUCGCGUCGUUACUGUCUCGGAUAGAUUUCCAACGACUUUCUCCAACUAAGACGCCUUUUCUCUUUACAGGUCCACGACUCCUUCUAGAAAUUUAGACUUUGAAAAGUCCUAGAAGGUAUACCUCACUGUUGUAGUACCUACAACUACUGUGCAUUCACUCAUCAAAUCAACAAAAUUCCAUAUGUACUAGCUUUACUGAAGUCUGCUGGUUUAUCUAGUGGACCAACACCUAACCUAACCUAUAGACCACGAAGAAGAUUUUCCAAACAAGAACAUCAUCUUCCAGGAGAUUAUGCCAGUUGUGGUAGUUGUGUGGUGUCAUAUCUUCACUUCACUUCUUCUACUUUAUUUACCAGGAAAAAGUAGAAGAAGUGAAGAUAUGACACAGUUCGUGUUCACUUGGUAUUGUUCAAGAUGAAUUCUUGCAAUCUAUGAAGUCUUGAUGAUCCUUUGACCGUGGUUAAUUCUAUUCUGCUGAGUUAUACGUGUUGAUCUACUGAAUGCGAAUAGUCCCGAUGCUGGUGGUGGAAAAUCAUGAUUAAAAGGAAUUUCCAUUUUUGGUUUUGGUGAGCUUUCAACAUGAAUUUCAAUGUCAACUGCUCUCUGCGACGUUGUCUCCUGAUCGUGAAUUUUCACAGCACCGUUAAUUGAUGAGCACUCUGCUACUUGGUCUUCCAACUCCAGUCCCUUUGGAUGAUAGUACGAACUAGUGACGUAAUAAUUAUAAUGUUCUCUAAACGGAGGUUUCAAAUUAAGAACUAGAGAGACUUUCUGCCACUACUAUUUCAAGUAGCGACGUCUACACUCACUAGCUACUCUCACCUCCAGCUACAUUUACACAGCCACACAACAACAUCGGAUACCGAGUAUAACAAAAGAAUCCAAUAUCAGAAAAAAUGGAAGAUUCUGCGUCAACUCCCAUUCCUCCUGAGGAGGAUAAGCUUGCUCCCCCCUCAGAAAUCUUUUCCUUUGAGGUGUUAAAGACCGCGCGUGCCAACCAAGACGCGAAUGGGCUAAGACACAACGACCACUACCGUUAUCGUCAAUAUUGCACUAGAAGGCUCGCACGAUUGUACAAAAGUGCCAAGAGGACGCAUGGUACUAAGAUUAAGAUGUUGAACAUAUGCACAAGUAUUCAGAUGAAUGAGAGGCAGUUAUAGUCAGUAAGUUGCUAACAACCAGUAAAAAUUCCGUUAUCCUGUUUAAUAGUCCAUCAACUCCACCCAUCAAUUCGUCCAUAUCCAUCUUGCACCGCUACAACCCACAUCCAUGAUUCAAGGUAAAGGCAAGUUCAAGGACUCUCCCGUGACGGAGAUCAAGUCUCUCCAGGACUUGGAAAUCAUUUUAGUCCAGACCGAAAGAAACUGGAGCUUCUUCCAACAGCUCAAAGCAGACAAUGCCGUCAAGGCCCACUACAGCUACGCUACUCGGCAACACGGCGUUCGUUAAGGCUUGAUGCAAUUCAUUUCCAACUGCCAUUCUCUUCUGUUUCCCUCUUGGGAUUCUGAAGAAGUGAAGGCAAGAAAUGAGUUGUUUGGAACUCUCUCUAAGCUGGGAAGUUACGCAAAGCGAGCACCUGUGCCCGCAUGCUGAACCGAUUCGCGCAGCACACGUGUGAUUUGAGGACUCAGAAGCAAACGGAAGCGUAUGAGUUGUACAUGGAAGCCCUAUUGCUGAUGGAGCAGGAAAAAUUUCAAGAUGCGGGAUCCAAAUUGGAAAAGUACUUUUAGACUGCUCUUCCUUCUGGUUCACUUCUGCUUGUACUUGUUCUUGACAGCAAAAUGUUCCAUGUUGAACGUCUAGAAUUUUUUGGCACUUGUACUUGUUCUUGAUAGCAAAAUGUUUCAUGAACCACGAGUACUAGAAGUACUAUGUAUUAAUUUCGGUUCCAAGAACAUCUUCUUUCCGAAGCACUUCCGUCUUACAAAAAAUCAACUCCUAUAAACAAGGUGCAAAUCCGCCUACGAGCGUCUUGCCGCUGCCUCCAAGGAUUCCGAACUCUACCAGUCUAUGGUUACCGAAAUCGAACCAUUGCUCAAGCGAGCAUCCCACAAUGCAGGCGUUCUGGGGCUUGGAGGGUCUGCAGCAUCCAAGACUGCGUCCAAGCAGUCAUCCAAAUCUAGCCCAACGGACUCCGAGAUGGUUAUCUCGACCUACGAAUUUCGGGACAGCAUCGUUGACUGCUGCUCAGACCCAAUUCAUCAGCUGAUAGAGUCAGCUCUGGAAGCGAAAACAAAAGCGAGAAGUGUGCUGUCGUCUGCGAGUGGAGCCUCGUCUUCGUCGUCUUCCUUAAGGCAUUAUUCAACGGAAACCAUCUCAAAAAAUACUCAUCUCGCGGUCUGAAGAUUCUAUCCAAAGUCUAGAUACUGAUACCUGCUGCAUACCCAUAGUAUUCGUCAAAAUGUAUAUGGCAUAAGCAUACAUAGGUUAUUCAUAAUCCACUUUGAAGAACUUGUACCGAGACAAUCUUCAACCCUUCCUCUUCUAAUCUCUAGUACUGUAUUCGACGAAGCAGCUUCGCAGAUGCAACAAGCUCUCUCGAUUAUUCAUGAGGAAAUGCUGAAAACUGGAGAUAGGAUGAAGCCAUUAGAGAACAUGUGCCGAGAGCAGCUAGCGGCGAUUUAUCUUGGUACGAGGACCCUUUGUCUUUGCCUUUGUAAUUAUAUUCCCUUCUGUUAUAAUUGACUUUGACUAAGCUUUAGCUUUCAUGAAAAUUUCCUUGCCCUUACGCUUUAUCAUUCUUAUAUAUCAUUAUCUACUGUAACUGGACUGAAAUUUGAUGGAGCAACAGCAAAUAACACCACUCUCACUCACGCACAUUCAACACAGAGCGCGACAUGCUCUUUCUAUCCCGAUUGGCUGGCCGAUUGGGCGCGGUAGAAGACCUCGGAAGCAAAACCAUGAGGCCCGAAGAGGGUGUCCGAUUUGCCGAGUUAAUCAAGGCAGAGCUAGAGCGAUUACAGAAUCUCCCAGGCCAAUUCGAAGUCUCAUCUGCGCUUACGCUACUGAACAACGUGCGGGGAUUCUUUGUUGGUAGCUAAGAUUUUACCAAGCGGCUUGUCUGAUCCCAGUACAUUGUUCUAAAGUCAAUUCCCGGAUCGUCGACAUCCUUAAUAUCCUGAAUCGUCCAACCAUAACUCCUCCACAGGUCUCUGCUACAUGUGCUGUAAGAAGUACACUGAGGCAGCAUCCAUUUUGGAAUUAGUGCGUGGACGAAUGGAGAUGCAAGGCACUGAGGUGGAGGAACUUUCGGAACCACUAGCCAGGUUCGGGGAACUGUUGACAAAGCUGGGAGAGGAGUUGCCGAACAAAGCGACGUGGUAAAUGUCCAUUUUUUCUAUUAUUAAGCAGGGUAGGUUAAAGGUGCUUUUCUUACCGCUUUUUAUGCCUCUCCUAAGGGAGAAAGGCAUAACAAGCGGGGUAAGCGAGCACCAACAGCCUACCUCUAAUAUUACUAUGAUCUACAGAAGCAGAAGGGGUUUUCCUAGUUAGGUUAGCUGCUCCAUCACUACAUUACAACUAUUACUUAUAGUUUUACAAAGCUUCUACCUACUACCUAUUGCGAUGAGUGGACCGCAAUCGUCUAACUCUAACGCUAACCUUCGUUUAAAAACAAAAUGAUAAGUUAGCAAGUUAUAAAAGAUCCAGUUGUAGUACCAGAACUCAUUCUUAUAUUUAUACUAAAAUGAUCAAGAAAAUUAAUACUCUCAGCUGGCACGCUCGCGCUCUCGCUUUGUCGAUCACAACGACUGCCCCAGAAGUUUCUGGCUCAUCGAGCUCCUCCAGUGGCGGUCUCGCAUUCCCGUCAUCCUUGAAGCUCCAGACCCUCACUGUGCCACCUAUGAUCCUAGAUCUUGCUGGCAUGGAACUGCAGCCACCAAAUCUGAACGACCUGGUGCCGCAGAAGAAGGGAAAGAUCCGUAACCUUGGAGCAAAGGUAGCUGGUGCUUUGGGAGGACUCUUUGGACGAAGAGGUUGAGCCUCGCUUGGAUAAGGACAGCUCUCAAACAAUGGUGCGAUUUUUUUGUAACCGUACUCUCUCCUGUUCCCAUGACAUCGCAGACACUUUUUUUGAGAUGAUUGAAGCGUUAUAAUGUUGUGCAGACGGUGGGUCCCUCCUCUCACACCAUAUUGGACGUUUGAUAACCUUCUCCCCUGGUGGUGAUUCGAUGGCUAUGUUUCGAAUGCUCAUCGUCCCUAACCCGCAAACGCAAAUCUCUUUUCAACAUUUACGUAGAAACAUCCCAAGAGCUCAACACUUUCCCUCGUAAGCGUGUACCAAACGAAGACCAAGAGGCAAGCACCAU